AUGUGCCGCGCGCCGCUCCCCUGCCUCGCCGGUCCGAGCAGCGAUGAUGAUGUGCCCGACCCAGACGACGAGAUUGAUUACGCCUUUCAGCGGAAGCGCCUCGCUUUCCUGGCGGACCUUAGGCUCGAGGAUGCGACUGUACCGGCCGACGAAACUGUCGAUGAUGCAGCCACCACCGCCGAGGCGGAGUUGUGGGCCGCCGAAAUGAAUGUGUUGUCAGCGCAAGCCGAAAAGGUGCGCGCAUCGGACCAGAGGGUGAAGCUCGCGAUGGAGCUCAAUGAUGUGGUAAGACUGCGAAACUUGCAUGGGCUGCUCUCGGCCGCGGUCGCCAUAGCGGCGGCAAUGCUCCUCAUUCACGCCAUGCCUGCGGUUGACGGUGUAUCAUGA